UAUCUCUCUUUGUGAAAGUCGGGCGCCAACUGCGAUGUGUAGAGCAAAACGCAAACAAACGGCGUCUCUGUUACAGAUCGGCCUCAGGGAUUCAAAGCAGUGGUAUUUUUGCACCAUGCAUCCGCAAAUAUUUGGCGUGCUGCUGCUGGCUCUGGCGCCGGCACAAGUGUUUUGCAUAUUCAACAGGCGCACUUGGGGUGCGAGGACGGCGAGCUCUCCGCUGGCCAGAUUCGACGGUCCGGCCAGCCUUGUCGUAAUCCACACCACAAACACCAACCCUUGCUCCAUCCCUUCCAUGUGCAAGAGCGUCGUCAGGGAUUUGCAGAUCGAAAAUAUCGCCUCCAAUUCCUCUGAUAUAGCUUACAACUUUCUAAUCGGAUGCUGCAGCGGCGUUUACGAAGGCACUGGAUGGGAUUACAAGGCGCCCAUUUCACACAAUUACAAGGACCCCGCCAUUCACGUCGCUCUAAUUGGCAAAUUCGACGAUAGUGCAGUCCCGACACACAUGUCUCAAUCGUUGCGUGCACUGAUCAGCGAAUCUCAACUGCGAAACAAACUGAAGAAUUCCUUUACCAUAACGGAACACAAAUCGAACUCUUCAACUCGAAAAUUGAUGGUGAAAAACUUUCUGCAAGGGUUCGCUGAGUACAAAGAACAGGUGAAUGAUCUCCUCCUUCCUGAACAGAGAGCCGCAACCUCCACGACUGCUAAACCAGCAGUGUCUGUCCCAUCUAGUAAACCAAGCUCUCCAACAACUUUUUCUACUACCAGUGACAGAAAGGCAACAUUCGCAACUUCAACUUUAAAACCUACCACCGCUAAAAAUCAGCAAAAAUUGUGAAACGCUGAGAGCGAAAAUGAAUUCAAAUCUGUAAAAAUCGUGUCUUUUCGCGUUCUUUAACAUUUUUUUAUGCUUAAUUGCAAUUUUUUCGCCUUUUAAUAUUUCAUUGUGUAAGGUAAAACAUCGAAUAAAAAAUAUGAGGAAAAAGAGGAUUUCACACAUAAUUUUGUAAUCCAUUUAAUGUUGAACGUCCACAAUAGUGAAAAGUGAAAAAAUGAACUAAAUGUUAUUUGGAAAUUGAACAAAAUAUUAUUUGUAAACUGCUCGUACUAUUUUCAAUUUCAAUAUUUGUCUGAAAGCACUAUUUUUGGCAUCGUUGAUUUUUUUUGUUGAACGUCAGUGGAGCUCCUGAGAGUGUGAAAUUUUUAUAUUUGUGUAAUGGAAUAUUAAAAGCAGAAAUGAAUAAUAA